AUGGGUUUCGCAGUUUUACCCGCUUUGAUCCCGGACAUUCCCAAAGUGUACGAUGUCUAUUUCGCUUCCUUCAACGCGGAUCCCAUGGGAGCAAUAAUGCUUGAUAUCCUUUUCCCCGGUGGCAUCACGGACGAAUUUCGCAAAGCUCACUCAGAAGGAACGCUCAGUUACUGGCACACGGCCAAGACGCAAUACACAUGGAAAUGCGUGGACACGGAUACUGAAGAGAUUGUCGGCAUGGGACUCGCAGACAUAUUUUUCCACGAGCGCUCUGAGGAGGAACGCAAAAACCCCGGCAUUGGGUGGUUGGAAGGCAAGGCUAAGGAACGGGCGGAGAAGAUCCUAAAUCCUCUGUGGGAGGUGAGAAAGAAGAUCUGGGGAGGCAGGCGUUACAUAUAUUGCCACGUUAUCGGCGUUGAUCCCAAGCAUCAGGGCCGCAAGGCCGGUGCAGCGUUAGUACGAUGGGGUAUCGACCUAAGCGAACAGACGGGACUGCCUGUGUACUUUGAAGCAUCGCCUUCAACCUACAAGAUGUACGAGAAGAUGGGCUUUGAAACAAUCAAGGAGAAGGUUGUCCACAAAGCAGAGGAUUUGGGCGUGAAGGCGGAUAUCGAGGUACCACUGAUGGUCCGUUUACCCUCGUGUGCUGGAGGGCAGACGUUUGAGGAAUGGAGGGCAAAGGGAUUCCCGGCUUGGGAUCACUGA